AUGUCCAACCGCAGCACAGCGGUGUCGAGGCAGUACUCGACGACAGAUCUCAGUUCUCUGGUGGCCAGCAUGGACGCUUUGAGCGUUUAUAGCCCAAGGUCUUCCACCACUUUGUUGGCAAGCCCACGCCAACCAUUUCGCGCUGCUGGUGCUUUUGGCCAGAGCGUGGGCACAAGCCCUAAUAUCUGCAUCAUCUGCAAGGAGCGACCUUCGUAUCGCGGUGCUGUGACAUGUGGACUUACGUGCCUGGAGAAGUUGGCUACUGGUGGCGGGGAUCCUGCGAUGUGCAAUCCGAGGCUCCGUCCGUUACACCUUCAAUGUGGCUCGAGGUGCAUUGCCAAUGCCAAGAAGGCAUGUCUAUACUGCCGUGCUCGUGCAAGGAAUGGGAGGUUCUGGCAUUUCUGCGGCAUGGCGUGUAAGAAGCUUGCGAUGAGGCGUGCUCCUCUUGUUAUGAAGGUGCCCAAGGGUCACGAAACAUACGAAAUGGUGGAAAGAAACUUUGUUGAUUCUUGGAAAGAGGGAAGUAGUACACCGCCAACAGUGACGGGUGUAUACAAGGUUGUAAUGAAUGCUGGCCUUCAGCAGCCGUAUGACGAUUACAAGAACCGGGUGGGGAAUGAGAGAUUCCUAUACCAUGGCACGACACGAACCUGCAAAUUGGGGAAAGCCGGCUCGAACCAAACCCAACUGUGCAAUAAUGGUACAUGUGGCAUGUGCAACGUCGUGAAGACCUCGUUCAAAGUCAGCCUUGCCAAGCGCUCUGGAGCGUUUGGCGCGGGAAUCUACACAUCAUCCGCCUCGAAUAAAGCCUACAGCCACCCCAGCCCUGGCGGAGGUGUCGUGUUUGUCACAAAGGUCGUUGUUGGAAAGGCAAGAGCGGUGACUGCUUUCCAGGAAGUCAAGUCUUGCCCUCGUGGAUACGAUUCUGUCGUGUUUGAUCGCCACAAUGGCGCCCGGAAUGAGACAGUCGUAUACAGAGAUGAUGCUAUUAGACCUGUCUUCAUGAUUACCUUCUCUUAA